UAUUUUGUGUUUCACUAUCAUAAUAAAAUACGUUCUUUCUUGGAGAAGGUUUCAAGUGAUUUUAAAGGUGUUUUGUUCUAAAUUUUAAUCUUAGGCUCGCUAAAUAAUCUGCCUUCCCGUUUACAAUGGCCGAUGCAAGGAAUCCUCCAACCUAUGACGAAGUAAUGUCGGAACAUCGUUUCCAAAUGACACAGAAUAUACCAGCGGUAGUUACGGUAACUCCUUCUGCACCUUACCCUCAACAGCAGUCGUACCCAUAUCCUACUCUUCCUUCACAUCCAAUGCCGAGCUAUGGCUCGAUGGAUUCCAGUAUCGCCAAAGUUCCUUCGACAACUGGUCCGAUCGUAAUUCCACCCGGUGCCACUUCAGCAGGACCAGGAAUGGCUGCCACCGUUGUGAUACCACAGGAAAUCAUUGUGGUGGGUGGUUGCCCUGCUUGUCGCAUUGGUAUGCUGGACGAUGAUUACACUUGUUGCGGUAUAUGUUGCGCAAUCUUCUUCUUCCCGGUUGGAAUUUUAUGCUGUUUGGCAAUGAAAAACCGACGAUGUUCCAACUGCGGGGCCCAAUUUUAGGGGGUAGUUAUAUAUUGAAAGAAUGGUGCCAUCCAGGCAACUACUAAUUGGAUAUGAUCUGAAAUUUCAAUCGGGACUAAUUCGACAACUAUACUGCAACAUGUAUACAAGACCGCCGUGAAUUCCCCCCUACAGUAAGUUGACCCACCAAGCGAAGACACCAACCACAAAGCGGAGAAAAAUACCCACGACAAUGCGCCACCUAGCGGUGAACACUGCAACCACCGCGGAAAUGCCCCCUACACCUAAGGAUGGUAUGCACUAAAAUUUUAAUAUAAUUGUAUUUAAUAAUUAUUGAAUAAUCUGAACAAAAUAUAUUUAAAAAAAAAUGACAUAAUCCGAAUACUCCAAUAAUGUACAAGAGAUGCAAAGUCCAAGAUAGCAGGCUGAACCGAGUCAUAAACAGUUUUUUAAAUAGAUUUUGAAGUACAUUUUAUAUGUUGGUGAUGUAAAGUUAUGGUAGGAAGUGGGUGAGCACUACAACCACCGCGGAAAUGCCCCCUAGAUC